UCCAUCCCAACCUCCUUGACCCAGCCAGCUGUCCGACUGCGGGUUAGGAUGGCUGAGGAGGAGGGCGAUGUGGACGAGGAGGAUGUGUUCGUGGCAUUUGGCCGGCAGCCCUCUCCACCCAGGGGUCCCCUGCGUCGGGCCAUGGACAAGGCUUUCUUUAUCUUCCUGGUCUUCGUCCUGACACUGUUGAUGAUGGAGGCUGUUUAUAAGCUGCUGUGGCUGCUACCAUGGGCAAAGUUUGGAGACUGGCUCCUGAGAACACCUCAGAAGGAGGAGGAGCUGGAACUAUGACCACCCUUCCUGUAAACAUCCUCCCCCCCGCAAGGAGCUCUUCCAGAAGAAAAGACGAGACUCCGAGGCCUUUUACGAGCCUCAUUUCGUCUCACAGUCCAUACAGCGGCAAUCUGCAGAUUCUCCUCAGAGCCUCCUCCUCCCCACAACGCCCGUCCUCAGGCCCUGGAGCUUCUGGACAAAGCCCGGCCUCCCGGCCAUCAUCGCCUCCGCCUCGGGGACCUCCUCCAGAAAAGACGUCGUAGAACCACCUAGAUUCUACCUACUUGGCUGGCCAAUAGUUCUGUAGUGGAAAGCAAACCAGCAACAAUAACAAUAAUAAUAAAACAUUUGUACAGCU